AUGGGCAACCUGAUAAAGGUAUUGGGCAAAGAUUUAGAAAACUGUCCUCAUUUUUUCCUGGAUUUUGAAAAUGCGCAGCCGACAGAGGCCGAGACCGCGGUGUGGAACCAGGUGAACGCUGUGCUGGAGGAGGCGCAGGCGGUGCUGGCCGAGCUGCAGUCGUACACGGGCGCCGGGCAGGAGAUCCGAGAGGCCAUCCAGAACCCCGGGGAUCUGCGGCUGCAGGAGAGGGCUUGGAGCGCCGUCUGCCCCCUGGUCGCCAAGCUGAAGCGUUUCUAUGAGUUCUCCCUGCGGCUGGAGAAUGCCCUGAGGAGCUUGCUGGAGGCCCUCACUAGCCCCCCAUAUGCCCCGACCCAGCACCUCGAGCGGGAGCAAGCCUUGGCCAAGCAGUUUGCUGAGAUUCUCCACUUCACCCUCAGCUUCGAUGAGCUCAAGAUGACCAACCCUGCCAUCCAGAACGACUUCAGCUACUACAGGAGGACCAUCAGCAGGAACCGCAUCAACAACCUGCAGCUGGAUGCAGAGAGUGAGGUGAACAAUGAGAUGGCCAACAGGAUGUCCCUCUUCUAUGCCGAGGCCACCCCCAUGCUCAAAACGCUCAGCAACGCCACCACCAAGUUUGUCUCAGAGAACAAGACCCUCCCGAUCGAGGACACCACUGACUGCCUGAGCACCAUGGCCUGCGUCUGCAGGGUGAUGCUGGAGACCCCGGAGUACCGGAGCCGCUUCACCAACACCGAGACUCUUCUCUUCUGCAUGCGGGUGAUGGUCGGCGUCAUCAUCCUCUACGACCACCUAGAGGUGGGGGGACGCCUGUAG